GGAUGAGCUGCUUCUGCUUUUUAGCCUUAAGUAUCACUGCGUCCAGACGAUUGUCACUUGACCAAGCUUUCAGGGGAGAAAGGAAGACGACUACCUGGCACAGAACUUUUUCCUCACUUAUCAAACUCAUAUCCGUCGACUUUCAAAAUGCAAAACUGUGCAAGGCUCAUGAAGUGUGUGCUGGUGGCUGUCGUCCUGGUGGCUGUGGCUGAGUGCGAUCCAAGUGAGAAGCUGGCUUCUUGCUGUACGACUGUCAACAAGCGUGAGAUCACUGAACCAGUUUUGGGAUAUUUGGUUCAGAGAGCCAGUGGUUGGUGUGUCAAUGCAGUCAUCUUUCAGACACAGUCGGGGCUUUACUGCAGCCAGGCCAGUGCUCCCUGGGUUCGCAGAAAGAUUAUGGAAUUAAGGAAAGCAAAAGCAAAUCCAACCGUUCCGUCUGGAGUCAAACCGUCUUCAGUCUCCCUCCUCUCCAUCAUAACGUCCACUGCCUCUCCUUCAUCCUCUAACCCUCUUUCUUCUUAUUCAUCUCCUCCCUCCUUUGACUCAACUUCCACAGAAACUUCUGGUGAGGGCAUCUCUGGGGGCGAGAGCAUCCCCUUCACCACUGAUUUCAAACAGUAAACCACCAUUCCUCAAGAUGGCUUGUAGCUCAUGUUUUUUUUCUUGUUGAGAAUUUUAAGUUAAAUUAAUUUAAAUGAAGAAUUCUAUAGAGUGUUUUCUUUAGGUGUAGUGCUAUUUAAAGUAUUUAUUUCUUUAACUUUCCUGUGCUAACAAAGUAAACGAUUUUAUUUAUUACAAAAUGUAUUUAUAACAUUUAGAAAUGACUUAUGACAGGUUGGUGUUUUUACUACAUCUAAUAAAACGUUUAAAAAUAUUAAACUGUCCUAUUUGCUAAAAUAAUGGUUAUUAAUGUUCAUCUGAAGUUGAUACUGUGCAGAUAUAACAUCUCAUUCUGUAAUAAACAUGCC